GUCGUCUGCCAUUCUGCCGAUCUGGCGAUCCUAUGAAGUACUUUUUGUAUUACAAUGUGUCAUCAAUCCGGCGCGGGCAAUAAAAAUAAACGCUACUGAACCGCCAAGCGCGUCGUAACGAGCUUUUCACACCAACAAACCUGCCCCAACCUUACAUCGGCAUGAGUACAGGGCAACAAGGCUCAAACGGUGUUUCCGGUUUCUCACGAUAUGUCCGUAUAGAUCCCCAAACAUGGACAAACGUUACGGAGCAGUCUCGCGCGCGAUUCGCAGGACUGAAGCCACUAGGGGACUUUUUUGAUAAGAACAGGUUCAGAAAACCGAGCAACAUUGGAGUUUUCACCUCAAGGUUGAACUACAAUUUGACAUAUUACCAGAAUAAUUACAUCUUGAUUGUCCUGAUUGUAACCGCAUAUCAGCUACUUACAAACUUGCCGCUACUGUUGAUCAUUCUAUUUUUAUUGGGUGGCUGGAAGUUCAUCUCAUCGCUCCCCGCAAAUCAACCCACGACGCUCUUGGGUGUCCAAGUAACUUCUCGACAGCUUUGGCCUGCGUUCGCUAUGACCGGGGUACUGCUUUUGUGGUUUUCGGAUGCGACGGGCACAAUCUUCUGGAUGGUUUCUCUUUGUGCACUCAUUAUAGGAUUCCAUGCAGGGAUGAUGGAACCACCUGUGGAAGCCAGCUUUGCAGAGCAGCAAGUUUAAAACCACAGAUUAAUCAGGUCCAAGUUUUGUAACACUACAUAUAUAUAACUACAGAGUGAUAUGGAUUCUAUGCGUAAAUAUAGCGCAGAAUAUUCAUGGUUGGAUAGAGA